GUAUAACAUAUAUAUAUUCACGUAUGUAUCGUUUAUUUACUAUUAAAACUGUCAGGUGGAACUUUGUAAUAUGGGUUGAGUUAAUUAAGGGGGGCACCAGGGGGGCCACUAAUAACGCCGCCGCUGCUGCAGGGAGAAGUCCGGUCGUGAUGGAGUUGAGCAGUAUAUCUGCAGCUCGCCCCAAACGAGGCAAAAAGACCAAUAAAUCUGCAGAAACCAACAAAGAAGGGGAGCAUGGCACAGUUACCCAGUUAGCCCCAACAGCUGUGAUGUCCUUGAAAAAACACCAGAUUCUACUGGCUGAAGCAAAGAAGAAUGAGGAGGCUAUGUCUAAAACAAUUGCUGACCUGAAAGAAGAAAGGGACGGUCUUCUAAAACAGUUAGACGAAUACCAGAAGAAAGGUCUGAAAGGUGGCACCGCAGAGGACGAUUCGUCUGAUCUAUGUGAGGACCAAGAGUCAUCAGAGUUUUCUGAAUCUUCUUCAUCUUCCUCUUCUACGUCAAUGUCAAGUUCCUCUGAAGAGCAGAGAAAGAAGAGAAAGAAACACAAGCACAGCCACCAGAAGAAGCUCAAAAGAAAGAAGAACAAAAAAGGAAAAGAAGAAAAGAUGCAGCAGUAUAGAAAGAGAGCUGGAAAUCCUCAGCAGACUGUUAGAAGAUACAAGAAGAUUUUGCAUCAGUACAGAAGGGGGAAAAAUCUCCGUGAUGCAUACAGGGCUGUUGGAGUAGACAGAAACACUGUAGUGGCCAAUGCUCCCAUUGCAGAGCUAGCUAUCGUGGCACCCCAAGAGUACAGUAAGGUGUUGGAGGGUUACUCAAGGCAGGAGAAACUGCAGGUGUUUGCAAAAAAGUGUGAAGAUGUCUUAAAUAAUGAUGUACAGCUGUUAAACAAUGUGGAAAUGUACAAAAAGAAAAACAAGCUUCUGCCUUUAAUGAAAAGAAAGUAAGUUUUUUUUGUAAUGUUUCGCAAGCUUGCCUAUUGUUUUGGACUGUAAAUAAAACUAAAAUGGACAUCCAACAGAUGACAGUGUUAUUGGCUGUGAAGACAAUGUUUUAAAAGUGCAGCAAUGGCAGAGUUAUUUUUCAGUUGUUAAUGAUUCAGAAGAUUUUGUUGAAUUUGUCAUUUUUGAGUGAAAUUGUUAUUACUGUCAUCUUCUUUUCUGUUUUUGAAAAAUAAGUUUUUUGGUUGCCACUUUGAAUUUAAUAAAGACCUGCAAGUUGUUACCAGUAA